UUCAUACACAACUUUCAGGUUCUUAGCCUUCAGCUCAAUUCUGUGAUUCAACACCGUUCUUCUUAAACAAACAAACAUCGUGACUUAUCUGUGUCCACACUGGAACAGCAUUUCUCAUGGCAGCUUUUCAGAGAACUCCAUGGAGGUUGAUUUCUGGGAUCUUAGGAGUAAUGUGCCUUGUGCUGAUGGCUACUUUGGGAAUUGUGUUGAGCAAGGCACUUACUAAACAAAGUAUUCAGCCAACAUCAUCUCCAGGACCCACCACCAUGGAACCUCAGAAAGGCUCUGGCUACUGUUUUUGCCAAGAAAAGUGGAUUGGGCAUCAAAACAACUGUUACUUCAUUUCCAAUGAAAGAAAAACUUGGGCAGAAAGUAGGGAUUUCUGUGCUUCUCAGAAUUCCAGUCUACUUCAGUUAAAAAACAGAGAUGAGCUGCAGAUGUUUAUGAAAUACAUUAGAAAAUUUCACUGGAUUGGACUCUCUUACUCUGACCAACAUCAUGCCUGGUUGUGGGAGGAUGGCUCUGCUUUCUCCAAAAAUCUGUAA